UUUAGAAAGAUCGCGUUGACGUACAUAAGGAGACGGCGGGCAUAUCGUUGCUGCGCGUAAUGCGGAUAGGCUGGGUUGCGGUGUAGGCUAUGGCAAGACUAUGAUUGCACUUGGACUGCUGUAAGAACCAACAUGUUAACGCUGUAGAUGGUUUAGAUUCAAGCAAAGGUAUACACAUCCUACAAUAUCAAACAGCACUGCUCUUUAAUUUGUUCAAUUUGGAUACGGUAUUGAGCAACAAGUGGAGUUUGGCGUGGAGAGUUUGCGCUCCAGCCGAAAAUUAUUCCAGCUAUGGAAGAGCAAAAGGAUCAAAACAGCCGUGAUUCGACAGAGGGAGAAAGCGUGUCCCUCUCCCCGAAUCUACCGUCCCCUGCGAUUCUGCCCCACCAGGCAGCUCAGCAAGUCCACAGGACAACAAACUUUUUUAUUGACAAUAUUCUACGGCCAGACUUCGGCUGCAAGAAGGAGCAGGGGGGUCGGGAGCGAGAGCGAGAGCGGGAGCGGGCACAGACAUCGGGCAGAGAAAACGUCAACCCGUUGAUAAUAAGGCCAUCUCACGCCAGCAGCCUUUCCCAGGAUUCCAACUGCAGCAGUGACAGCAUUUCAUCGUCGUCCUCGUCCUCCUCCCCGUCUUCUAAGCAGAGCCCAUCCAAACAAGGCGAAGGCAAUGGGACUACAACGAGGUUUGGAGACAACACCACGUCAAUUAUGGUUGUGAGUGCCAGUAAUGGAGGAUCUCCACCAGCUAAAGAAUCCCAGCCCAUGUUAUGGCCUGCGUGGGUUUACUGCACGAGAUACUCGGACCGGCCUUCAUCUGGCCCAAGGACACGGAAAUUGAAAAAGAAGAAAAACGAAAAAGAGGACAAGCGACCCAGAACCGCGUUCACAGCUGAACAGCUGCAGAGACUCAAAACCGAGUUCCAGGCUAAUCGGUACAUAACGGAACAACGGAGACAGUCACUAGCCCAAGAACUGAACCUCAAUGAAUCCCAAAUCAAAAUCUGGUUUCAGAAUAAGAGGGCUAAAAUUAAAAAGGCCAAUGGGUACAAAAAUGGCCUGGCUCUCCAACUCAUGGCUCAAGGACUGUACAACCAUUCCACUACCACCAUACAGGAAGAUAAAGAAGAAAGCGAGUAGACUCCUAUUUCCCCGGGCCACAGAAAGACCGCGUAGCCUAUUGAAGAAUUGAACUCUUUCUUAAGAACUAAAGAAUUAAGAGGUAAAUACGACUGGACAGCGACAGAUGCUAUUUAAAACAGAUUUCUGUUUAUGGUACAGUAUAUGGACAUAAUUCUAUAAAAAUACGAGCAUUAUUAAAGUUUAUAUAUAGCCAAACAAUAUGACGUUGUAUAUAUUUAAUUUCAGGUAAGGGGUAUAUCUCUAUCAGUCCCUUCUUGCUGGAGAUUUAUAUCUUUUCUUUAUAAUGUUGUUUGCUCAUUGUUUUAGUAAGUGUCUGACUCACUAGAAUUUUGUGAUUUCUGUCUAUCCUGUCCCUAAAAACUAUUCUACAGACUGCGUUACUGAAUCGACGCUUCAAGCCAAAGAUUUUAUUAUGUUCAGAGAAUGUAGUCUGAAAUAAAAAAAGAUGUAGAAUGUGCUUUAGAUUCUCUGCCGUCUUUGUAGUAGGCUAUAUUGUAGUUAUUAAAAGGCAUAGAAAGCACAUAGUGUUCUAUCGUAAAAACAAGCUUUCAUAGGUAGGCCUUUAAUUCUUAGAUUUAGUAGGCCAUAUAUUUACUUUUACCUUUGUAUAACAAUUGGGCUACGGAUAUUAUUAUUAUACUUGCAGUACAACAAUGAGAAUGAUAGCCUAUCUACAUAUAAUAACAACAAAAUAGUAACCACAAGACUAUUGCCUACAAGUUUAUCUCUUAGUAUUCAUCUUUUAAUUAUUUUGGUUCUUCUUUUAAUUACAGUUAUUUAAUAAUUUACAAAUCACGUUUGCAAAGCAGUGCUAGGCCAAUAUCUCAUGGUGAAAGGCCGGCUUGUAACCUUCUUCAAGUCGACAUAACCCGUGUCCGCUUUCUGAACAUCGUCAUCUGUGUGAUAAGUCUAUGUUGUGCUUUAAAUAGCACUUUCAACGUCCUCUUGAAAUAUACAAGGAUAAUAAAAUCGACAGACACUAUUAUGGGGUUGACUGCAAGUAUAUU